AUUUACUAACUCUAAAAUGGUCACAUAAAUUGCAUUGCACUCAGUUUAAACGUUUUAUUGUUGAUUAUUUUAUUUGUUGUUUAAUAAAAUGAUUAGAAAAAAUAAUAAAAAGUUUGUAAUGCAUCCGCGCAAUGUAUUACGCACUGCUCCUGACUACACAAAGCUGGCCAUCAAGUACAAGGACUUUCGGCAGGUUUGCGAAUUGGAACUCAAUGGCAAGGUAUCUAUUAACUUUCGCAAUGAACGAACAUUGCGUGAAUUGACCAAAAUGUUGCUGCUGGAAUAUUUUGAUCUGCACGUGGAUUUUGCGCCGGGCAGUUUGGUGCCAACUUUGGCGCUGCGCUUGAACUAUAUUUUGUGGCUAGAGGAUUUGCUGGCGCCACUGAAACUGGAUGCAGUGUGUGGCAUCGACAUUGGUUGCGGUUCAUCGUGCAUUUAUUCACUGCUGGCAGCCAAAAAGAAUCGAUGGCAGAUGCUGGCUCUGGAGUCGAAGCAAGCAAACAUUGAAUAUGCGCUCGAGAAUGUGAAGCGUAAUGAUCUGCAACACCUUGUGGAGGUCUAUAAGCAGCCCGACAAGCAGAGCAUCUUCAAGAGCUAUUUUGAGUCUUCCAAUGAAUUGGCCAAGGAACAAUUUCACUUUUGCCUAUGCAAUCCGCCUUUUUUUGACUCGAAUGCUAAGAAUCCAUUUGAUGCUAACACACGCAAUCCACAGCGUCGGCCAGCGCCUCACAAUGUGCGCACGGGUACUGACGAGGAGUUGACAUGUGUCGGCGGCGAGGUGUCUUUCGUGCAGCGCAUUGUCGACGAGAGCGAGCUGUACAAAGAGCGCGUGUUGAUUUUCACCAGCAUGCUCGGCGUCAAGGCUAACGUGCCCAAGAUUUUGGACUAUUUGCGUGAGCGGCAAAUAAGCAACGUUUGCACCACGGAGUUUCAUCAAGGACACACCACACGCUGGGCAGUUGCGUGGAGCUUUCAGCAAACAGCUCUACAAAUAGAUGCGGCCAAAUAGCUUACAACCAAUUAUAUAUGUAAAUAAGUGUACAUAGCUUACAUUAAGUAAAAGUAUAUUUUAAGGUAGAAUCUGAAUAAGCUGUUGAGCUCAUGUCAUGUGGACAUAUUCUGAAAAGUAAAACCGUUGCCCGCCCAUAUGAAAUGGGCGACCACGAAACCUUUUCCACUAAAUGGAAAUUCGCAUGUCAGCGAGCCAUUUGCUGCCACAGUCAACACACAAUCGGGCAACAAAACUAGCGGAAAUUAUCGCUGCGUUUAUAUCAUAUUGACCACUGGAAAAACUUACCCAUCACAAACACACAAAGCAAUUGGCAAAGCUUAGGUAUUUCCCAUAUUGAAACAUCUAUGCAAAAACUACAAUUGGAAGCAUUUACUUUACAAAUUAAGUCAAGUGAAAAUUUCAAAUUAAUAUUCAAGAUUAUCCAAAAGCUAAAGAGUAUUCCACAGUUGUGUUUUUACUAGGAAAUGCUUUUAGCUAUUGGACUUUUCUUAGUGCCAACAGCUAGACUGCUUGCUAUUUUCCUUUAUAGCAUUUCAACACGUUAAGGUGUUAAAAACAAUGUAAUUAAAAGGCGAGUCGAGUCCUUGAGUUCAACUUGGCCACGUUUCUUAUAAGCUCCUGAGGUUGCUUCCGAAAAUUCAUGUUAUUGCUUUUUGUGUAAGCUGGAAUUUUCCAUUUAUAUGGAAAACAAAAUUAGCUCCAGUUGUUGUAGUCUUUACAUGCAGCAAGCUAAGACUUUAAAUAGAUAAUGAUAAUCAGAAUAAUGGAAACAAAGUAAAAAGUUAAAUGAAGUAAAAACUUUGCCUUGUCUAGACCGCUCUCAGAGCAUAUUGCUUAUGUUUUUGUAUGGUUAAAAAUGCAUUUUUGUAUAAAUAAAACGUUUUUG